ACUUCAGCAACCGUGUUGACCAGGCCGGGGAGUCGUAAAAUCCCUUUACGAUUCCCUGGUGUUGACCUAGAUCUACUAGUACUACUACUAGGUGUCGCACUUCACGAUCGUCCUUCGUCCAUUACUUUGUUUUCGUCUCUUUCAAGUCUUUGUCCCUGGUCGCUUACAAUUAUUCUAUAGUGAGUGGUCGGCGGUACGCGAGUUGCUGGAAUGGCCGCUGAGGAGAAUGCGGUGUUCACCGCUUUGGGCUUGAACCAGGCUGAAGUGCCCUAUCUGGGUACAUUGGACGUGAAUGAAACAGAGGAUGAGUUGGGUCGAGGCUCAUUUGCUGUGGUGUACAAGUCCAAAUGGUGUGGAUUGAAGGUGGCCGCAAAGGCACUUCAUUCUAUCCUGAUUGAUCGAAGAAACCAAGGACGCGACGUCGUACUGCAUGAUUUUGGAGCAGAGAUUGCACGCAUGGCACGUCUUCGCCACCCACAUCUGUGUCCCAUUUUCGGCGUGGGCAUGGUCGGAACAACUCCAGCCAUUGUGGUGGAAUUGAUGUCCGACACACUGGAAACAAUGAGCGUUGGUGCACGCAGACAGGACUUGCUUCAGCUGAUGCGCUACAUCGAACACACUGCUGCAGGUCUUCGCUACUUGCACUCCAUCCCGAUGGUGCAUCGCGACUUGAAGCCAAGCAAUGUCCUCGUUGCCAAUAGUGUGGCCAAAAUCACGGAUUUCGGCGUCUCCAAGCUACUGCCUAGCGUUGCCGAUCAGUUCCGUGAAGCCGCUCAGUCCAUGACCCGACAGCCUGGUACACCGUUAUUCAUGCCGCCAGAGGCGUUGCAAGAGACGGAAUCUGGCCGAGCAAGGUACGAUCUUUCGCUUGACGUCUUUUCGUUCGGAGUGACGGCAAUGAGCGUGCUGAGCGGUGUGAUGCCCUCCAUUGAGCUCAUGUUCGCACCAAGAUCGCGCCAGGCAGCUGACGGCAGCCACGUCGCUAUACCCGAGCUGGAGCGGCGACGCGCGGAGUUUGCUCGCAUCCCUGACGGCCACCCGCUGAAGGACCUGCUGAGACGCUGUCUUGCUGACCCACCGGCCCGUCGACCAGAUGCAGAGGAGAUUCACGAAUUCGUCCAGGGUGUUGUUCAGUUCUUGUCCUCAUUGCCGCAGACUGCAUCUCCACUGGAAGAAUCUCUGGGUGCUUCUGCAGGCCUCGUUACCACUAUACUGGACACUGUGAGGAGUGUGUCAACUGCCGUACGGGAUCUCUCCACAUCUCAGCAGCAACUAGGCACCAGGUUGGAUAAUCUCUCUGCACAGGUUGAAGUCACCAACAACCGCAUGACUCAGGUCCAGCAGGAGGUCUCUGCUGAAGCUCGCACAACCAACGACAAGAUGGAUGAAAUACAACUGGAAGCCCGGACUACCUAUGAACAAGUGGCACAGCUGAGCGACACAAUGGCGAGAGGUGAACAAGAUACAACUGCAGCAUGUGAACGCAUAGUGGAAAUGCAAAACCAGACCAACACAACUGUUCGUCAACUACAGGAGCAAAGUGCUACAACCUCCACAAGCAUUGGACAACUACUGGAGCAAAGUGCUACAAGUACCACCAAUAUUGAUCAACUGCAACAGCACCAGCAGGACACUAGUGAUAAGCUUUCACGUGUCUCAGCAGCAGUUACCACCAUUCAACAAGGUGAACAAGAUACAACUGCAGCAUGUGAACGCAUAGUGGAAAUGCAAAACCAGACCAACACAACUGUUCGUCAACUACAGGAGCAAAGUGCUACAACCUCCACAAGCAUUGGACAACUACUGGAGCAAAGUGCUACAAGUACCACCAAUAUUGAUCAACUGCAACAGCACCAGCAGGACACUAGUGAUAAGCUUUCACGUGUCUCAGCAGCAGUUACCACCAUUCAACAAGGUGAACAAGAUACAACUGCAGCAUGUGAACGCAUAGUGGAAAUGCAAAACCAGACCAACACAACUGUCCGCCAACUACAGGAGCAAAGUGCUACAACCUCCACACGCAUUGGACACCUACUGGAGCACCAGCAAGACACUAGUGAUAAGGUUUCCCUUGUCUCAGCAGCAGUUACCACCAUUCAACAAGGUGAACAAGAUACAACUGCAGCAUGUGAACGCAUAGUGGAAAUGCAAAACCAGACCAACACAACUGUUCGUCAACUACAGGAGCAAAGUGCUACAACCUCCACAAGCAUUGGACAACUACUGGAGCAAAGUGCUACAAGUACCACCAAUAUUGAUCAACUGCAACAGCACCAGCAGGACACUAGUGAUAAGCUUUCACGUGUCUCAGCAGCGGUUACCACCAUUCAACAAGGUGAACAAGAUACAACUGCAGCAUGUGAACGCAUAGUGGAAAUGCAAAACCAGACCAACACAACUGUCCGCCAACUACAGGAGCAAAGUGCUACAACCUCCACACGCAUUGGACACCUACUGGAGCACCAGCAAGACACUAGUGAUAAGGUUUCCCUUGUCUCAGCAGCAGUUACCACCAUUCAACAAGGUGAACAAGAUACAACUGCAGCAUGUGAACGCAUAGUGGAAAUGCAAAACCAGACCAACACAACUGUUCGUCAACUACAGGAGCAAAGUGCUACAACCUCCACAAGCAUUGGACAACUACUGGAGCAAAGUGCUACAAGUACGACCAAUAUUGAUCAACUGCAACAGCACCAGCAGGACACUAGUGAUAAGCUUUCACGUGUCUCAGCAGCGGUUACCACCAUUCAACAAGGUGAACAAGAUACAACUGCAGCAUGUGAACGCAUAGUGGAAAUGCAAAACCAGACCAACACAACUGUUCGUCAACUACAGGAGCAAAGUGCUACAACCUCCACAAGUAUUGGACAACUACUGGAGCAAAGUGCUACAAGUACCACCAAUAUUGAUCAACUGCAACAGCACCAGCAGGACACUAGUGACAAGCUUUCACGUGUCUCAGCAGCUGUUACCACCAUUCAACAAGUUCAAUCUGACAUGCGCAGUGACGUGGAUGGAAAAAUCGGCGAUGUGCAGUCAUCAGUUACUGCUGUAUCAGCUAUCGUGGACGGACCUGUCAUGAAAGUUGCUAUACAAAAUCACUAUAGGUCCAUCCACAAUAACUGUACAUCAUUUGGUAGCGAGGGUAAUGGCAGGGUGCAGUUCAAGAGUCCACGUGGUAUCACAAUCAGCAAAGAUGGAAAGGUCUUUAUUGCUGAUACUGACAAUCAUCGGGUGAAGGUCACCACACUGGAUGGUACAUACAUACGUGAUAUAGGCAAACAGGGCAGUGGUAAUACUGAAUUCAACACCCCCACUGAUGUAGCUGUGGAUGACGAUGGUGAUCUUGUGGUGGUUGACAGGGACAAUAAGAGACUGCAGGUCCUACAUCAGGAUGGGUCUUACGUGAAAACGAUUGGUAAUGGUGCUAUCGGUAGAUCGUAUGGUGUUGCAGCACUGUCUCUGCCCCAGCAUGGUAUUUGCUAUGCUGUAACCGAUCUCCAUGACCAUUGUGUGAGAGUGUUUGAGAAAGGAGGAAGGCAGUUGAACAAGUUUGGUACUAAAGGAAGUGGACCAGGACAGUUCAACAACCCAGUGGGUAUUGUCUCGUCCAACGGCAGAUUGCUGCUUGUUGAUGAGUCCAAUCACCGUAUCCAGGUUUUCACUACUGAUGGAAACUUCAUUACCAUGUUCGGAUCAAAGGGACGGUCAGAUGGUCAGUUCAAGGACCCGCGGUUCAUUGCCGAGGAUAGGCAUGGACACGUCCUGGUCACUGAUAGAAUCAACCACCGUGUUCAAGUGUUCACUUCUGACACGUUCUCUCACGUGGCUACCUUCGGUUCAAGCAGUUGUCUUUCUAAGCCGGUCGGCAUUGCAGUAUCACCCAGUGGUACUGUGUAUGUUAGUAACAUGGACAAACACUGUAUCACAAUGUUCUAACUUUUGUGCUGGAGCAUCUUGUUUCUUGUUCUACACUAAUGUUUCUCACUGCUGUGAAACAUGAACAGGACCAGUAUUAGCAGUUUUGUUUGCUCAGGCUUUACUAUAGUAUUUCAGUUUUGGUUGUGUGACACAUCGAGUAUGCAUAACCUUGCCAGUAGCUAACAUGUAUUGUGCAGGCGAACAGUAGAUCCAGCCAAGUCAUGACCGACUGGAGCAGUUCCAACAUGCCUGAUUAAGAUGAUGAACUGAUGAACAUUACCAAUUACUGUUUAUCAUACUUGCAUGAUUGAAUGUGUGCUUGCAUAUGUGUGUAUGUGUGUGUGUGUGUGCACUUGUGUGUGUGUGUUUGUGUGUGUGUGUGUUUGUGUGUAUGUGUGUAUGUGUGUAUGUAUGUGUGUGUGUGUGUGUUUGUGUGUGUGUAUGUGUGUGUAUGUGUGUAUGUUUGUAUAUGCGUGUGUGUAUGCAUGCAUUUGCUUAUGAACUCCUGCACUGAGUUGUAUAUCUACAUGGUACUUGGAUCACUCUCAUUGUUACAAUCCUAUUCUCGAUGUGCAGAGGAUGAUUCUAUUGAUUGUGUUGGCUGGGUGCUCUUUUCCUUUCUCUGAAAAUAUAUUGCAUUUCAGCGAAAUGUCUCGCUGCUUAGUAUCGCAAUACAUCAUAAAGUUUUUUUAUUUCACUUUUGGAUACAAUGAAGAAUGUGCUCAUUGUCCGAGGUACUGUUUUCUUUCUAUCAUGGUUUGUGAUGUUUUCUGUUAGUAUCUUCAUUUUAGAAAUGUUUCAAACCUUUAUAACUGCUGCAUACUGUUGUUUGAUCUGAAGAGAUGCAGUAUUGAUAGUUGUCUGAUGAUUGCCUAUGGAGUAUGGCCAUGAAACUCUUUGUUAUAACGAUAA